AUGGGGCUGGGCUGGAGCAGCGCGGAGGAGCGGCGGCCCCUCCUGCCGCCGCCACCGCAGCAGCCGCGGCCGCAGCCGCGGGGGCCGGCGGGGGGCCCGGCGGGGCGGCUGCCGCCGCUGUCGGGCCGUGUGUACGGGCGGCGGUGGCUGGUGCUGCUGCUGUUCUCGCUGCUGGGCUUCGCGCAGGGCCUGGUGUGGAACACCUGGGGCCCUAUCCAGAACUCGGCCCGCCUGGCCUUCGGCUUCAGCGGCUGGGACAUCGCCCUGCUCGUCUUCUGGGGGCCCAUCGGCUUCGCGCCCUGCUUCUUCUUCAUGUGGCUCAUGGACAAGAAGGGUCUGAGGGUAACAGUGUUACUAACAUCAUCCCUCAUGGUGUUGGGAGCUGGCCUGAGAUGUGUUCCAGUUUCAGACAUAGAAAUUAGGAAGAAGCUGAUCCACGGAGGGCAGCUGUUAAACGGCUUGGCGGGGCCCACGGUGAUGAACGCGGCUCCGUUCCUUUCCACGACGUGGUUUUCUCCGGACGAGCGUGCCACAGCCACGGCCAUCGCCUCGCUGCUCAACUCCCUGGGCUCUGCUGCUGCCUUCCUGGUGGGGCCUCUGGUGGUGCCACCUCCCAACGGCACAGCUCACCUGCUGUCACAGAGCAACACCCAGCACAUCAAGGACCGCAUCGAGGCCAUGCUCUAUGCAGAAUUUGGAAUGGUUUCCCUGAUAUUUUCUGCAGCGUUGGCCUACUUCCCCUCGCGCCCUCCAUUUCCCCCCAGUGUGGCUGCAGCGAGCCAGCGGCUCAGCUACAGGAGAAGUUUUUGCAGACUCUUAAGCAAUUUCCGAUUCUUGAUGAUUGCUUUAGCCUAUGCGAUACCACUGGGUGUUUUCUCUGGCUGGUCUGGUGUUCUGGAUUUGAUAUUAACACCCAUUCAUGUAAGCCAGGUGGAUGCAGGCUGGAUUGGAUUUUGGUCUACAGUUGGAGGUUGUGUUGUUGGCAUAGCAAUGGCAAGAUUUGCAGAUUUUAUCAGGGGCAUGCUGAAGUUCAUACUGCUGCUGCUUUUAUCUGGAGCAACAUUGGCAUCAACCUGGUUCACUCUCACCUGUCUAACUACUGUCACUCAUCUGCCUUUAACCACAGCUACACUGUACACAUCCUGCAUUUUGCUGGGUAUAUUCCUCAACAGCAGCGUACCAAUAUUCUUUGAGCUCUUUGUGGAGACAGUCUACCCUGUUCCAGAAGGAAUAAGCUGUGGAGUUGUCACCUUUUUGAGUAAUGUGUUCAUGGGAGUGCUUUUGUUUUUCCUCACAUUUUACCAUACAGAGUUUUCCUGGUUCAACUGGUGCCUGCCAGGGUCGUGUCUGCUCAGCCUGCUCCUCAUCCUGUGCUUCCGCGAGUCCUACGACAGACUCUAUCUCGACGUCGUCGUCUCCGUGUGAUCACACCAGACUGGUGAGGGCUUGGAAGAGACUGGAAGUCGGCUUUGCAGUCUGCACAUCUGCCUGGAUUUGCACAGCUGAACAGCAGAAAAACAAAGAAAUUUCAAGACUUAAUCAUGGCUUUAUUUAGAGAGGGUGAGGGACGGGUUGUUCUUACGUUCAAGACCAUCUUGAUUUGCCAUAAAUGUGGAGCUGGAGUGGUGAUGGUGACACCAAAAUGCACAAAGAGAAUCUCUCUGCUGUCCAGGUCCCUGUGCCAGAGCUGGGGCUCUCUGUUGAGGAGGCUGUUGAUGUAGCAGUGAGGUGUAUGUUGUGUAUGUGUGUGUGUGUCUGUGUGCACCUGUGUGCUGACUCACAGUUCUACACACCUGGGUACCAGUAAUCUUCAGAGUCUUCUAUCAGAAUAAAAAUAGGGAAUAAUCUUAACAAAAGGAAAAAAAUAAGAAAAAUCUUUUCUUCAAGAGCUCUUUAAAAUCACUAGUCAUUUAUAUAUUGAAUGUCCGUUAAACAGUUAAGCUAAAAUGAUUUGGUGCUUGUACACUACAUUUACAUUCUAAUAAAGUGGGUUCUGAUAUAAGACACUGGUACACAGGGGUUUUAGCCAUACUAAAUAGCCCAAAUAAUCCUUGCAGUGUUAUUAGAGGUGUUUGUUACCACCCUGGAGCACAAGUAAACAAUAGCUUUAGCUGCCACUGAAUCCCAACCUCCACCCACAGUCAUCUCUGAAAUGCCACCAUAGUUCCAUAUCUCCUGAAUAUGGAGCAUCUGAGGUGUACUGGAGUGUCACUCUAGGUAAAAGUUGCUGUUCUAAAGGCCACCACUAUGUCACCUUUCCAUCCUCCAUCUCCAGUACUGCCUUUUUUACUGUUUGUGCCACUGAAUUCUGUGGUUGUGGAUGUCUGAGUCCUGCUAGUUCUCUCCUGAUACUCUAAGGUGUGUGUGGUUUUUAGGAUUAGUUUAUGACUGAGGGUGCCUAAACAAUAUUUCUUGUAACCUGUCUUGAAAAAUCACUGUUUCCUAACAAAACACCUUCCUAGUUGAGGAGGUGCAUUGAUGGCGAAAUGACAAUGAGUUUGACAAUGAGGAGUAACUCAUGAGUUCUGGCAUAAUAUGGGAAAUUAAUGCCAGCUCUUUUUAUCAGUACUAAUCUGUGGUCAUUCUGGCCCUUACUUGAACAUAAAUAUUAAAGACACUUUGAAAAGUUUUUUAACCCAAUUUUUAAACCUGCUAAUGAUUUCUUAAUUAUAUUCUUAGAUUUCAGUUCAGCAUAAUUUAAAAUAUUUCUGUAUGUGUGUGUGUGUUCUGUGCUUUGUGUUAGGGGGGUGUGUUUGUGUGUAUGGGGGUGUGCAUAUUUAUAUCAAUGUAUACACAAAUAAAACUUAUAUAUAUAAGAGAUACAUAUAUAUAUAAGUUGUGCAAGGGUAUGUGUUUCCCUAGGUUUACCCCAGGUGAUGCUGUCUGGGGAAGGUGAUGUGCCCUUGUUUGUAACUAAGUCACUGCCGUGAGUGGGAACGCGUCAUGCGCGGUCUGCGACAGGGAUUCUUUUCAGGGGCUGAAUGAUUUUCUGUCGUGGCAGUUCUGUGGCAGGGGGUGGGUGCAUGUGUUGGAGGAGGCUUUGCAUCUCUGGAAGUUGAAUCAAGCACCCUCUGCUCCUGUGUGGGGCUCUUUGCCCCUGCGGUGACACCAACAUGAUAAGCUCACUCAAAUAAACCCAGAACUACCUUUCAGACAUGGAUCUGUUCCUUCUGCCUGCUCUCCUUUUGCAGAGAGAAUACACCUCUAAGACUUAACUCAGGAGUGUAUCUGUGCAGUAAAAUAAAACAAGCUGUUCCUUGCUUUUA